UGGAUGAUUUUGAAUCAAACAAAUUUUGAGGUCAAAUUGUGCAUGUUCAUAGAGCAUUACGAACAUUAUUUAUCAAAUCUUUCGACAAACUGCAGAGCAGCUGGACAAUAAAUCAAACAUUAUGGUAUCAUCACACAUAUCAACAUGAACAAACAGCCUACUGCGUGGCAAUACAACGUUAGCGCCGACAGUUUGUGUACCAUAUUUAUUAUGGCAAGGCAACUUCGAGCCGUGUCGAUAAGUUUGACACUGUCAGCUGUGUUGUUGUUUUCAUUUGAAUCAUCAAAAAUACCAAUCGCAUCUCGAAAGUAAAAAUCAACGAUGAGCGAAAGUAGUGUUGAAAUUUUGAAAAAUCAACUUUCUAUUGCGAGAAAUGAAAUUAAAAAUCUGAGGCAACAAAUAAGUAAUCUGCAACAUGUUCACCAGAAAGACAUUCAGAACAUAAAAUCCACACUUGAAAGCUUCAAGUGUCACUCUUGUCUAUCAAAUACCGGCACAAGAUCAAAAGAAAAGGAUGUUGAAAACGGACACAGCAAAUCUAAUUCAGCAAACAUAUCGUUUAGUCCGAUUGGUAUUAUCCGUACUGCAUUCUCCGAUAAACGAGCGGUUCCACGACAGGCAAACGUUGCGUCGAAGCUAAUAAGCCGCAUCGACUUAUGUCCAACAGUUUUCAACAACCCCGAGCAUUCAGUUGAAGGAUUGGAAAAUUUUUCCCACAUAUGGAUAAUUUAUUACUUCCACCGCAAUCAAGCCCACCUGAAAGCAAAAGUGGCACCACCUCGUCUAGGCGGUGAACGAGUUGGAGUCUUCAGCACUAGAUCACCCCACCGUCCCUGUCCAAUCGGCUUAUCACUUGUGGAGCUUGAGAGGAUCGAAAAUUCCUCUAUUUAUUUCUACGGUACAGAUAUGGUUGACGAAACUCCCGUGUUGGAUAUUAAGCCCUAUAUACCUCAGUAUGACGUUCCAGGAAAAAUAAAUGAGCAGCAAUUUUACAGCUCCAGAGAAGCGCCAGAUGGAGAGGAAAACAUAGAGCAAGCCACGGCGUCUACUUCCAAUAAUCAAACGCAAAAAGUAAUGAUUCCCAAAUGGAUAGCAAACGGAUCAACAUUGAAUGUUGUGUUCAACGAAAACUCUGAACAGCAAAUCAUGGAACUAGGUGUUGACAAAAAAUCCAUCACUGACAUUUUGCAAGCAGAUCCACGUUCAGUCUACUUGCGAACAAAGUAUGGAUCUCAGAUCUACACGUUUCAAUUGGGUGAAAACACAGUUACGUGUAAAUUCGACGAUCAAAACUCAACUGUUAAUGUACUGCACGUGAGAAAAGUAGUUAAUCUAAGUGACAUUAAUGAUCAAUCAGAGGAUCAUAACGUUGAAUAAAAAUGACUAGAUAAAACUCAA